AUUAUUUUGACCUACAAAGUAAAAAACGUUGGGUUUAAAAAUAUAACAGCUACCUCUAAUAUAAAAACGAUUAAUAAAGAGUAUUCGCUCGAAAUUUAAGAAAUGAUGAGCUGGUAGUUUGUAAUCAAAAGGGACGAGAUUAUUGACGGGGUCAAACUGAUGUGGCGGCGUCUGCGUACGUUGACGCAAUCUUGACGUUCUUGAGAGCAACGCCAUAACGUAAUGUGACUCGUCACCGGCUCUUAAAGGCUGUUCUUGUUUCCGUUGGUUAUAUGAAUGAACUCUGAAGAUGUAAAUAUGUUGGAGGACUAACUGCAUCUGAACUUUGGCUAAAGGACAGUUUGGGGAUUUGGGGACAACUAUAACGUUAUGUUUUCUGUAUCUAUCUGAGAGUUUUAAGGAAGAUGCCUUCCUUUCGGUUUUAAGUUAGCCACACUUCUCAGCGUUUAAAGUAUUUUAGCGUAUCUUAUGCCAUUUAUUCUGGAGUAAACGGACUGAAGUUGCGAAUGAAGUCGUCAAACACUGAUCGAUUCGAAACUUGAGAGGAAUUUCAGUGAAAUCGGCCUAAACAUGAUAUCUCGUCAGAGUAAGGAUUUUCUCAUAAGGUUCGCCGGUUACUGGAAACCGCUUUUCAGAGGCAGGUUUCUUAUUGUGACAAACACGGUGAGUUGUGGAGGAAUGUUGGCAGCGGGCGAUUUCAUCCAGCAGACGCGAGAAACACGGAGGACACCCGGCAGAACACGUGACUGGUCGCGUACAGGUUGUAUGUUUGCGGUCGGAUGCUCUAUGGGUCCUUUAAUGCACUAUUGGUACCUGUGGCUCGACAAAUACUUUGUAGGCAAUGGCAUCAAUAAUGUCUGCAAGAAAGUGAUUACUGAUCAGCUGGUCGCAUCGCCAGUACUGGGAGCCUGGUACUUUCUAGGUAUGGGUAUGAUGGAAGGUCACACUCUCUCUGAGGCACAAGCAGAAUUCAGAGACAAAUUCUGGGAGUUUUACAAGGCAGAUUGGUGUGUUUGGCCAGCAGCUCAGAUGAUAAACUUCUACUUCUUGCCACCCAAAUUUCGUGUCCUUUAUGUGAAUAUAAUUACCCUGGGAUGGGACACUUAUCUCUCCUACCUCAAACACAGAGAUCAAGUAGAGGCUACAAAAGAAGCUGAGGGACCUGUCUGAAGAUGUCUGACGAAUGAGAAUAUUUGAAUCAGCUUUAAUCACAAAAAUAAAAAAAAAUAAAUUCAAGACUGUUAAUGGACAACUUUCUGUUUUUAAAUUUUAUAUAAUAGUAUUAAUAGAAUUAUCCAGUAAUGCCAUUCCACUGGCAUUUUGUUUUUAUUGUUUUUGAUUAAUUUAAGAAGUAUUGAAAAAUUAAGUCAUUGUAAACAAAUGUAUUUGUCCAAAAUCUGUGUAUUUUUGACAUGAGAAGUGCAAAACUGUUUACAUUAUAUUCUUAUAAUAGUAUAGAAUCCAGUUUUUACAGUUAUCGUCAUUUACUGUAAGUAAUAUUUUUCAGUUUGGUCAAGCAUCACAAUAAUGUGCCAAUAUUAUAUUUCAUAUACACUGGAAACCUAUGCUACACAGGCAGUAAUGUUUCAAUUGAUUGUUACUCUUACUGUAAUGUUUAGAAAUUUCCUUUAAGUGUACUUUUUUGCAGAAUGAAUUUAGUUUUAUUGAUUAUAAAUCUAUCCGUUGGAUAGAACUUUUGAUCUCUACUUUGUCAUUAUGUGAAACAACUUGAAU